GACAAAGACAAUUUGCAAACACUGUAAGAAAUUAAUACCGUACACCUCUGCUAACACAAGCACUAUGCAAAAGCAUUUAGAAAAUAACCACAGCUUGUUACUAAAAGCUGCGCCUGUGAAGAAAAUGGAAAGCAAUUCAGUUCGCAUAAAAGGGCAAACAACCAUAACAAAUGCCUUUGCAGCUAAACUUCCACCAUCCAAUGCAAGAGCCACGGCAAUAACAAGAGACAUCGGCGUUUUCAUUGCAGCCGAUAUGAGACCAUUUUCUGUGGUGGAAAAUCUGGGAUUUCGGCGACUCAUCCACACACUGGAACCAAAGUAUGCCAUCCCGUCACGCGCACAUUUUACUCGCACAGUGGUCCAGACCCUGUACAAAGAGUGCAAGGUAAACGUUGUACAGGCUCUGAAAGAGGCAGAAACAAUCGCCAUAACUACUGACGGUUGGACUUCUAGGUGUACACAGAGCUACAAUUACAAUUACAGCCCACAUUAUCAACAGUAAUUGGGAAAUGGUACAUUUUGUACUGCAGACGCACCCACUUUUUGAAUCACACACAGGGGCAAACAUCGCUGAAGUUUUAUUAGAAGCUGUCCCACAGUGGGGUCUUAAAAAGCCAAACCAUUGCAUCGCUAUUGUAACAGACAAUGCGCGUAAUAUGGAUGUGGCUGUGUGCGAGGCAGGAUUUGAGCCGCACAUCAAAUGCUUCGCACGCACAAUAAAUCUCGCUACACAGGCUGGCCUCGUUGUUGCGCGUGUCGCUCGUUUGCUCGGGCGGGUGAGACGUGUAACUGCUUUUUUUCACCGGAGUUCGACAGCUGCCGCGGUACUGACGUCUAAGCAGAAGCUGCUACAACUGCCACCGCAAAAAUUAAUAAUGGACGUCACCACGCGAUGGAAUUCAUCAUUGGAUAUGCUGGUUCGUUACCUGGAGCAGCAGGCUGCUAUAGCAGCAGCGCUCACCAGCCCAGAAAUAAGACAAAAUGCCCGAAACAUUGACACACUGGAUACCUGCGACAUUGUCAAUGCCGAAUUUCUUGUGAAGCUGCUGAAUCCUUUAAAGACAGCUACCACUGUCUUGUGUGAAGAGAAGAGGCCCACAGUGUCUCUCAUCGUGCCACUGAAGAACAUGAUAGAACAAAACAUGGCACUAAAUGACAGUGAUUCCCCCACUGUGGCCGACACAAAGAGAGCAAUUCUCAGCAAUAUUUCAGGCAGAUACAAUGGGGAUAUAUACAACUGCCUGCUGGAGAGCACUGCGCUGGACCCAAGAUUCCAGUCUCUACCGCAGCUAGACUGCAAUCAGCGUGAGGCAGUCUUUCAGAGGAUACAGAAAAGGGUGGAAAAGUUGCAGCAAAACCAGCCCACAGAUGAGAAGAGUAUGGAGCGCAAGGAAGAGGCAUCAGUUCAUUGUUCCACACAUGGGGGCGAGGGGGCUCUUGAAGCUGAAGGCAGAGCUGAGUCAGAAGAGGAACCUGCUUCCAAGAAGACAGCACUUGAGGAUCUGCUAGGGGACUCUUUCUCGAAGACGGAACAGCCCAGCAAAGGAAUUGAGAGGGAAACUGAACUUUACAGAAGAGAGGCAUCUAUCCCACUUAGUUGCUGCCCUCUGACAUGGUGGAGAGAAAACAGCUCCAAAUAUCCUUUGCUGUCUCCACUUGUCAAAGAAUAUCUUUCCAUUCCUGCGACCUCUGUUCCAAGUGAGCGUGUCUUUUCAACUGCAGGAGACAUAGUCACUGCCCAGAGGUCACAAUUGCUGCCAGAAAAUGUAGACAUGCUUAUAUUCUUAAAAAAGAACAUGACCAUAUCUUAGGCUGUUCUGUAUAGGUCAUUACCUCAUUACCUAGGUCUUAGUUCUUUUUCCAUGCUUAAAAAAAUUUUGUUCAUUGUUUUGCACUCUGAGUUUCAAGACAGCACUACUUUGAUAGUUACACUAAUUAUGGUUAAUUGCACAUAAAGGGAUAUUUGUGUUGUUUAUUAUUUAUUUUUAUUUAUACUAUUUAAUUUUAUUGUGCAAUUAAUUGCCUAUCAGUUUGUGGCAAAAUAUUUUGCAGUGUUUACAUGUUAUUACUGCAUAUCAUUCAUCAAAAUAGAAGUUUUAUUUCAAAAAGUUGAUUUCAAAAUGGACAUGCAUUUUUUGCAUUUUGUGUUUUUCAGUUAAAUAAAAG